GCUGGGAGGAAUGUUCGCUGGCAAGGAGGUUCGCUGGGAGGAAUGUUCGCUGGCAAGAACGUUCGAUGGUAGAUAGUCAGUACUAACAGUAAACAAGACGAGGCUCAGGAAGGAUGGCGUGCUUCGAUGAUGAUUUAUUUGACUUCGUGGACGAGGACGACAAUCAGCAGAUUGAAGCCUUGCCAGACAUCGAGGUCCUCGACGAGGAUGAGAACGAGAAAGCUACUGAGGAACUCAAACAGUUAUUAAAAAAACGAGCAGCUGAAAGUGACAGCAAGAUCAAAGGAACAGUUGUAAAGAAGCGCCGCUCACAAAUUGAGACAACACAGUCUGAGCUGAGAUUAAUAGAGGAUUUACCAAGAAUAGCAGUCCACAUAAUAGAAACUUUUGAAGCAUGUACACACGAAGUGGCUGUACCCCCAGGAGAAAUGUAUGUUCCACUUCAGCCCCCCAAAGAGAAGCCAGCAAAGUCAUACCAAUUUAUUUUGGACCCUUUCCAAAAAGAAGCCAUAUUGUGUAUUGAUAAUAAUCAAUCAGUGUUGGUGUCUGCUCACACAUCAGCCGGUAAAACUGUAGUUGCUGAAUAUUCGAUUGCCAUGUGUUUACAGAACAAGCAGAGAGUAAUCUAUACCACACCCAUCAAGGCUUUGAGCAAUCAGAAGUACAGAGAUUUCAGUGAUGAGUUUACUGAUGUGGGUUUGUUAACUGGGGAUGUCACUAUCAAUCCAAAUGCCUCUUGCCUCAUCAUGACCACAGAAAUUUUACGGUCAAUGCUUUAUCGAGGCUCAGAAGUAACACGAGAAGCUGGUUGGGUUAUAUUUGAUGAGAUACACUACAUGAGAGACAAAGAAAGAGGAUACGUUUGGGAAGAAACCAUUAUCCUUCUGCCUCCUACGGUUCACUUUGUCUUUCUUUCUGCAACUAUUCCUAAUGCAAGUCAGUUUGCCCAGUGGGUGUGUUAUCUUCACCAUCAGCCAUGUCAUGUGGUCUACACAGAUUACCGACCCACUCCCCUCCAACAUUAUAUCUUCCCAGCCGGGGGUGAAGGAAUCUACCUAGCUGUUGAUGAAACUGGCAAGUUCAGAGAAGAUAAUUUCAAUACUGCUAUGACUGUUUUGCAGAAUGCUCCUGAACAGUCAAGCUUACGAGGAAAGAAAGGUGGGGUCAAGGAUAGUUCCGAUUGCUAUAAACUUGUAAAAAUGAUCAUGGAGCGCAACUUUGCACCAGUUAUCAUCUUCAGUUUCUCAAAAAAGGAAUGUGAAGCGUAUGCUCUCCAAAUGUCCAAGCUUGAUUUCAAUUUAGCAGAAGAGAAAUUGUUGGUGGAUGAAGUGUUCAACAAUGCAAUAGCAGUCCUCUCUGAGGAGGAUAGACAGUUACCACAGGUGGUUUCAGUUCUACCCUUGUUAAGACGAGGGAUAGGCAUUCAUCAUGGAGGCUUACUACCUAUUAUCAAGGAGACGAUAGAGAUUCUCUUUGGCGAGGGUUUGGUGAAGGCCCUGUUUGCCACCGAAACAUUUGCCAUGGGUCUCAAUAUGCCUGCCAGAACUGUACUCUUCACUAAUGUACGCAAGUUUGAUGGACAGGAUUUCCGUUGGCUAACUUCAGGAGAAUACAUCCAGAUGUCUGGCCGUGCAGGUCGACGAGGAAAGGACGACAAGGGUAUUGUUAUAAUGAUGGUUGAUGAGAAGCUUAAUACUUCAGUUGUAAAGAAUUUGGUGCAAGGCAAAGCUGAUCCCAUCAAUUCUGCCUUCCACCUGACAUAUAACAUGGUGCUGAACUUGUUACGUGUGGAGCAGAUAAACCCUGAAUAUAUCCUGGAGAGGUCAUUUUUCCAGUUCCAAAACUAUUCAUCUAUUCCAUCACUUUGUGAGCGUGUGAGGAGUUGUGAAAAGGCAUUGGAAUCUGUGACUGUACCACGAGAGGGUGAGGUGGAGAGUUAUUACAAGAUUAAACAGACUAUACAUAACCUGAAGAAUGAGCGGCAUGCUUUCAUUACACGACCUAUAUACAUCAUGCCAUUCCUACAACCAGGAAGGUUGGUCUAUGUUAAGAAUAAUGAAGAUGAUUUUGGCUGGGGUGUAGUGCUUAGCUAUAAGAAACAAGAAGACAAAAAGAAUCCGAUGGAGGCUCCAAUAAUAACUGUAGAUGUUAUAUUACGUGUAUCAGAGGCAACAGCUACUUCAAAGGUGACUUCAGAUUUAAAACCUCCUAAAGCAAAGGGGAGAAGAGGGGAGCCGGGGGGUGAUUUUCAUACCAGUGCCGAAAAGGCUAACCGUGUAAUUUUUGUUUUUAUACUUAUCAAAGUAAAAUGGUGUUCUCUUUCAGGAAGUAUCAUUCGAGCUAUGCGUCGUCUAGAGGAACUCCUGCGUCAGAUGAUUCAAGCUGCCAAGGCCAUUGGCAUUGACCUAGAAAAUAAGUUCUCUGAAGGUGUCAAACUACUAAAGAGAGAUAUUGUAUUUGCAGCAAGUCUUUACCUAUAGGAAAAUGAGAUAUUGUAACUAUAGUGACAUAGCAUAAAUGAAUUUGUGUUUAAUCUUGUUUACACAUUAUGAAUAAAGUUUUUCAAACAUGCCAUUU